UUCAAAUCGUUCGAUCCAUCCAGAGAACAAAUAAAUAUAUUAUAAGCAUAAACAUUUCUUAUCAUGAUUAUCAAACCAUGAAGUAUUCCUUCACUUACCAGCUAUGCCUUACCUAUCUGCAUCUAUUUUUUAAUCAUAUUGAUGAAUCGUUUAGUCAGAUAACAUCUAAUGUAUCAGUUCACAAAUAUACAACUACUUCGACAAAUCUAUCUAUUAACACGAAAUUAGAUGAAAUUUGGUUAUUAUGGAAAACAAAAUUCAAUAAAAACUACAGUAGCAAGAAGGAAAGAGAUUCGAAAAGUAGACGGUCUAGUAAACUGAGAAAUGGGCUGACAGAUGACUACGUUGUUACAAAGUGGGAGGAAUAUUAUCGUCGUCAAAUAUGGAAUGCAAAUAUUGAUCUGAUUCAGUUGCAUAAUCUUCGCUAUGAUCUUGAUCUCGUGGCUUACACAUUAGGUUUAAAUCAGUUCAGUGAUUUAACAUGGAGAGAAUUUUGUUCAAUCUAUUUACCAUCAAAGUUAGUGCGGAAAAAUACUGAUAAACUAGUGAAUAUAUCACAAACGGUAAAAUUUGUGAAACAUAACAUGUCUAUAAAUGUACCUGUCAGCUUUGACUGGAGGACUAAAGGAAUUGUGACCGAGGUAAAAGAUCAGAAAAGUUGUGGUUGCGGUUGGGCAUUCGCCACAGUUGGAGCAUUAGAAGGACAAAUGAAUCGACAAUCAAUACCCAUUCAAAGUCUGUCUGCUCAGCAACUCAUUGACUGUAGUGAAGAGUAUGGAAAUGACGGUUGCUUAGCUGGUUUAAUGAGUUAUUCUUACGAUUAUAUAUCGGAUAAUGGCAUUCAGAGUGAACAAAGUUAUCCUUUUGUAGGUGAGGAAUUACCAUGUCAGUAUAAUGAAAAUAGUUCCAUAAUGUGGUCGAGAUCAUAUACGAAAAUUCCAGAAGGCCAAGAGUUAAUACUGAAAUACAGUUUAUAUGAACUUGGCCCAUUCGCUGGUGCUAUAAGUUACACGCCUGAGUUUGUCCAUUACAAAACUGAGCGACCAUCAAGGGUGGAAUCUGAAAGUUAUUGUUCAAGUUUCAAAUCUCGCAUAUAUAUCUUAGCCAAGGUUGUAUCAUAUUGCUAAUAAGUAAAUUGCUUAACUUUAUAACUGGAUUCCGGCCAUCAUAGUGGACUGGAUAACCGUAUAGCUUCCUAAGCAAAAAAUUCGUCUUCUUAAUGCGCGUUUCAAAAUCAAUCAACCAGUAUUCAUUAUCACAAAGAAUUAUGUCAUAACCUGAAACAGAAUGAGGUAAAUAACAAAUUUCUUGUUUUUGCUUGUGAUCAAAAACUUUUUAUAUCAAAAAAUAAUUUGAAUUACGGUCCUAUCAACUUCUUUUCACUAACCUACAUUUAAAUCGAAAAGAAAUUUCUGAAUUUAUUUAUUCGUAUUCUUUGGUAUUUAAUGAAAUAUUAAAAUGAAAUGGAUGGAAGUGA